AUGCGAUACAUGAGCCUCAACAACAACUAUGCCACAAAGGCUGAUCACUCCAAAAAGUCCAAAUUUGGUGAUCUACCACUCAGCACCGCCGGUCCUAUUAACUGCGCACUCAGUGGUACAUCGCUCUUGAACACACCAUAUCUCAACAAGGGCUCUGCUUUUCCUCCUGAUGAGCGUCGAGAGUUUAAUCUCACAGGGUUACUACCUCAAGGUGUUCAGACACUUGAACAGCAGUGCAAACGUGCCUAUGAGCAGUAUUCGUCAAGACCUGACGAUUUAGCCAAGAAUACUUUUCUCACUUCACUAAAGGAUCAAAAUGAGGUUCUGUACUACAAGGUAUCACUCACUCGUGCAUCGUUCCAUUAUAACCGCAAUGCUAAUUCUUGUGUAAAGCUUCUGCAACUUCACCUCGAUGAGAUGAUGAGCAUCGUCUAUACACCGACUGAAGGCGAUGCUAUCCAGAAUUACUCUCGACUCUUUAGACGUCCGGAAGGUUGCUAUCUCAACAUCCGAGACCCAGAUCAUGUGCAUCACAAUCUCGCACAAUGGGGAAACCCUGAAGAUAUUGACUACAUUGUUGUAUCUGAUGGUGAAGAGAUCCUUGGCAUUGGUGACCAAGGCGUCGGCGGUAUCCUCAUCUCCGUCGCCAAAUUAGUCCUCACCACUCUCUGUGCCGGCGUCCAUCCCAAUAGAACCCUUCCAGUUGUCCUCGACUGCGGCACAGACAAUAAGGAACUUCUCGGCGAUGAGCUAUAUCUCGGUCUAAAAGAGAAGCGUGUUCGUGGUGAAGAGUAUGCCAAGUUUGUCGACACAUUUGUGCAGUCUGCCAGGAAGCUUUAUCCCAAGGCCUACAUCCACUUUGAAGACUUUGGUUUAACCAAUGCAAGGAAGAUUCUUUAUCGGUAUCGUCCAGACUUUGCUUGCUUCAACGAUGAUGUCCAAGGAACAGGAUGUGUGACUCUCGCAGCUAUCUUAUCAGGUCUCCACGUCAGCAAGCAAAAGCUCAAAGAUCUUCGAAUGGUUGUCUUUGGAGCUGGUAGUGCUGGACUCGGUAUCGCAGAUCAAGUUCGAGACGCCAUUGCCACGGAAGGAAAUAUGAGCCAUGAGGAGGCAGCAAAGCAGAUCUGGCUGAUUGACAAGCCCGGUCUUCUCACAUCGGAAACCGAAGGUGUCACUGACUCUCAAAAAAUCUUUACCAAGGAUGCUUCAGAGUGGAAGGACAAGGAUGCUGACCUCCUCUCCGUGAUCAAAGAGGUUCGACCUAACGUGCUUGUUGGCACGUCUACCAAGCCUGGUGCCUUCACCGAGGAUGUUAUCCGCGCCAUGGCUGAGCACCACGAGCGGCCUAUUGUUCUUCCCCUCUCCAACCCUACACGCCUUCAUGAGGCCAAACCCGAGGAUAUCCUCAAAUGGACAAAUGGAAAGGCCCUUGUAGCCACAGGCUCGCCCUUCCCACCCGUCAAAGGCCCAUGGGGUAAAGAUGGUUCUGAAAUCACUAUCAACGUCGGCGAAUGCAACAAUUCAGUUGUCUUCCCAGGCAUCGGUCUCGGCUGCGUGCUCUCCCGAGCCAAGCACUUGACAGAUCGCAUGCUGGUAGCCGCUGUGGAGGGAGUUUCCUCGCUGAGCCCUGUUCUUAAAGACUCAACGGCUCCUCUUCUCCCAGACGUGGAUUCAGUGCGGGAUGUCAGUGUCCGCAUUGCCCGCAAUGUGAUACAAGCAGCUGUCAAGGAUGGUGAGGCUACACAGGAGGGCAUCCCUGAAAAGGAGGAAGAUUUGGAGGAUUGGAUCAGAGAGCAGAUGUGGGAUCCCGUCUACCGGCCGUUGAAGAAGGUUGAUCUCGAGGGUGCGACCAGAGAGGCUAGAGGUGAGCUUAAGAAGGCUGGAUCAGUUCACCGUGUUGGCCAUACAUAG